AUGUCGGAACAACAAGAAAUUACAAUAACGGGCUGGACAACCCGCGAUGUCCGCUUCCCCACCUCUCUCGACAAGACCGGCUCCGACGCCAUGAAUGCCGCUGGCGAUUACUCUGCCGCUUAUUGCAUUCUCCAGACGGACUCAAAGUAUACCGGACAUGGCAUGACCUUCACCAUAGGCCGUGGCAAUGACAUAGUCUGCGCAGCCAUCAACCACGUAGCCGACCGCAUCCGCGGACGCACUUUAUCCAGCCUCGUCUCCAACUGGGGCCAAACCUGGCGCCACCUAGUCAACGACUCUCAGCUCCGGUGGAUCGGUCCCGAAAAGGGCGUGAUCCACCUCGCCUUGGGCGCAGUCGUCAACGCCAUCUGGGAUUUAUGGGCCAAAGUUUUGGGAAAACCCGUCUGGCGGAUCGUGAGCGAGAUGAGUCCGGAAGAGUUCGUCAGGUGUAUUGACUUUAGGUAUAUCACUGAUGCGAUUACACCCCAAGAAGCGGUGGAGAUGUUGAAAGAAACGGAGAAGACGAAGGGGGAGAGGAUCAGGGAGGCGGAACAGAGUCAGGCGGUGCCGGCUUACACGACUAGUGCCGGAUGGUUGGGGUAUGGCGAGGAUAAGAUGAAAUCUCUGCUCAAGGAGACGAUGGAUAAAGGGUACAAGCACUUCAAGCUCAAGGUCGGCGGUUCCGUGGAGCAGGACAAACGCCGCCUAGGGAUUGCACGGGAGGUUAUCGGCUACGACAAGGGCAACGUCCUAAUGGUGGACGCCAACCAGGUGUGGUCGGUCCCCGAAGCGAUCGCGUACAUGAAGGAGCUGAAGGAAUUCAAGCCGUGGUUCAUCGAGGAACCGACCAGCCCCGACGACAUCCUGGGCCACAAGGCCAUCCGGGAGGCGCUGAAGGAGUACGGGAUCGGUGUGGCUACCGGCGAGAUGUGUCAGAACCGGGUGGUGUUCAAGCAGCUGUUGAUGAGCGGGGCCAUUGACGUGUGCCAGAUCGACGCGUGUCGCAUGGGAGGGGUGAAUGAGGUGUUGGCCGUGUUGUUGAUUGCGAAGAAGUAUGGCGUGCCGAUUGUCCCGCAUUCUGGGGGUGUCGGGUUGCCGGAGUAUACCCAGCAUCUGAGCACGAUCGAUUAUGUGGUGGUUAGUGGCAAGAAGAGCGUGUUGGAGUAUGUGGAUCAUCUUCAUGAGCACUUUUUGUAUCCGUCGGUUAUCAAGGAUGGGUAUUAUCAGACUCCUACUGAGCCCGGGUAUUCGGUCGAGAUGAAGGCCGAGAGCAUGGAUCGGUUUGAGUAUCCCGGUGGUGAGAAGAGCUGGUGGAGGACGGAGGAGGCUAGGCCCAUUCUUGAGGGACCCAAGUUUUAG